CUAUUUACCCUCAGAAAACUUUUGUUUCUCUCAAACCUCUCUUUGCCUUCUCUCCUAUCUCCGCUUCUCUCUGUGCCUUCCUUUCUUCCAGAAAACGCUCAAGUUAGUCAAAUUGGUUUAGAUCUUUUAAUCGCGGGUUACAAACGGCAACGCUCUCUUGCUGAAAAAUAGCGAAUUUGGUCUCGAUUUGAAGAAAAUUUGAAGCCCAUAAAAGAUUGCAUCUCCUGCUGCCGAUUUGAUUUGGGUAAUUGUUUGCCUUGAAUGUUGUGUGCUUGCGAGUGAGAUCGGGUUUUCGAGUUUAUGAUUUUUGUUUGAAGCCUGCGAAGACCUCUGUGUUUAAUCUGAAGUAGCUAAGGUUAAGAAAGAACAAUUGUGGCUUAAAGUCUUCAUAAGUUGAAUCUCAGUUCGAUUCUACCAACAGCCGCAACCGUUCAGACUUUCCCAAAGGCUAAGAAGAUUGCAUCCCAGUAUCAAAAGGAAGCAGACAAGUGCAGUUCAGGGAUGGAAACAUGUGAAGAAGCAAGGGAGAAAGGUGAAGCAACAUUAGAGGCACAACAGAAACAGACUGCGCGUGCUGCCUCUUCCGUUCUGAUUUGAAGAAGAUUUCUCAAGCGGCUAUAAUUUCAGGGCAGGUAACCAUCCUCAGAUUUUUCGGUUUGAUUUAAAGGAAUUUUUUAGGCAGAGAAGCUAGGGCUUUCCGUUCCCACUCAGAAGUUUGUACUACCACAUCGUUAGAACUGUUUCCUUCUGCUCUUCUUCUAGAAACAAGGUCACAGAUCAACAGGCCAUCAAGAUAAUUUGGUUCAUUCUAAAGUUAUUGAACGUACGAUGGAACCAUUUCAAAAAGAUCACAAAGUUUUUCAGCAAGAAAAUUAUCUGUCAAAAUUAAAUUUUCAAUCUAUUUUGGGUCCAGCCAAGACAUUCAAGCUGCGGGUUUUCAAACUCUACAAAACAUGUUUGAUUUUACUCGAAUCAGAGUCUCCAAGGAGGAGAAAGAGAAGGAUCCGAAUGGAAAGCAAGGCACAACAUCGAACAAGCAAUCUUCCUUUUUGACAUUUAUUUUCAUUUAUUUAAACUUAACACCACUUCAAUAGAAAACUAAAAUUUAAUUAGAGAAAGAGGAAGAGGAAGCAUAGGAGUUUGUCACUACUCCAAUGAUUUAUCGGUAAAAUCCUAAAACCCAAUUCUCAAUUUUCAGUUUUUUAUUUUUUUUCACAUCAAUUAAUUCCAGUAAUGUUAGGGGUUGAAUUUUUUAGGUUAGUGAUUUUUUUGCACAUAAAUUUUCUUUCUAAUCAUUUUGGGUGAAAUAAAUAGAUAUGGGUCUUCAAUAACUUAUUGUUAUAGUAUUAUUGUUUUAUUUCACAAUUAAAUGACAUCUUGCUGUUUUUGGUAGGUUUUUCUGUGAGCUUAUUCGCGUUGCAUAUUUUGUUUACAAAUGUUCGGUUUAAUGUGGUGGUAAUAUAUGCUAUGAUUACCGCCAUAGUCCAACUAAUGGCUUAUUAAUUUGGUAAAUUAUUUCAGAUUUUGUCUCUGCAAACCUCAGGAAGUCUAAUGUUAAAUUGUGAAAGUUGGACUGUGGCUUAGUUGGUUCUACUUCUUCAUUUCCUCUUCAUUAAAAUGUUUACUUACCUGCUUUUAAGCGUCUUUAUUUAUGUAUCUAUUUUUUAAAAUGAAUUUUAAAGAUGUUAUAGAAAUUGGAAAGAGCAGCAGUUUGAGAACAUAGUAUGGGAACUUUGGGAAGGAAUACUCGAAAGGAAGACAGACAAUGGGUGCAUUAGCAAUAGCUCAUACCAAUUUCAGCACAGAUCAGUCUGCGCUUCUUGCUUUCAAAGCUCACAUCACUAGUGACCCUCAAAACAUCUUGACUGCCAACUGGUCCUUUGCCUCCAAUUCCGACAUUUGCAACUGGGUUGGCGUUACUUGCAGCGCUCGCCACCACAGAGUCACGGCUUUAAAUCUCUCGUACAUGGGUCUUGCCGGGGUUAUUCCUCCGCAUCUAGGCAACCUCUCAUUUCUCGUUGAGUUGGGCCUUGAGAAUAAUAGUUUUCAUGGUCCCCUACCCCAAGAAUUGUCUCGUUUGCGCCGGUUGAAGGCGAUUAACUCUCAAAACAACAACUUUAUGGGAACCAUUCCUUCGUGGUUUGGGUCCUUCCCUAAACUUCAAACCUUCAAAUUGUUGGGUAAUGGUUUCUCUGGUUUCAUACCCGCUGCUAUCUUCAACUUAUCUGCACUCGAAAUAAUUGAUCUGAGCAGUAACCAACUAUCAGGUAGCAUACCCAGAGAAAUCGGCAACUUAACAAUGGUGAAGGGCAUAUACCUUGACGACAACAAGUUCGAAGGUACAAUACCGGAUGAGAUUGGUGAUCUUCCACAGUUAGAGAUUUUGGCACUGGAGGGUAAUAAUCUCAAUGGUGUCAUCCCGUCCAAACUCUUCAAUCUCUCCACGAUAAGAAAAAUAGGGCUUUCUUUUAAUCACCUCUCAGGUAGCCUCCCAGCAAACAUAGGUCUUAACGUUCCGAACCUAGAAAUCCUUCAAGUAGCCCAAAAUAACCUCGUGGCCGGACUUCUCCCUAGCCUCUCUAAUGCUUCCAAGCUCUGGGAUUUAGAAAUGAGCGAAAAGUCAUUUACCGGGUUUCUUCCUAUCACACUCUGUUCCUUGAAAAACCUCGAGUACCUUGACUUGGACUCGAAUAAUUUGACGAUUGAUGCUUCUGCUGCACAAGCAGCAAGCACUCUCUCUUGCUUGUUUAAUCUUAGAAAUUUGACAGAUUUAGGCUUGUCAGAAAAUCCACUAAACACCACGAUUCCAGCUUCUCGUGGGAAUCUCUCUACGUCACUCUUAUAUGUUGGUUUAAGCUCUUCCAACAUCAAGGGUAAGAUUCCUGUUGAUAUUGGCAACUUGAGCAGCUUGAUGUCGCUACACCUGGGAAACAAUCAGUUGAGCGGAGCAAUUCCAACUUCAAUACAAAGGCUACAAAAUCUCCAAGGUUUGUAUUUGAAUGAUAACGAACUGCAAGGACAUAUCCCGUAUGAACUCUGUCAACUAAACAACCUAGCUGAGUUAUUUUUGGGUGGUAAUCGGCUCUCUGGUUCUAUUCCUUCCUGCUUGGGUACUUUGUCAGUAGCUCUAAGAAGUCUAUCGUUAGGGUCCAAUUUGUUAACUUCUAAAAUACCAUCUUCCUUGUGGGAACUCAACCAUAUAUUGCAACUAGACUUGUCAUCCAAUUCUCUAGUUGGACCAUUCUCAGAAGACAUCGGAAAGUUGAAAGAUGUGGUGGAUAUAUAUUUAUCAAAUAACCAUUUCUCCGGAAACAUUCCCGGUAGCAUUGGUGGUCUUCAAAAUAUGAUUAAUAUGUCCUUGGCAAACAAUUAUUUAGAAGGCCCUAUUCCCAGUUCAUUUAAAACCUUGCUAAGCCUAGAAUUCUUGGAUUUGUCCAAAAACAAUCUAUCCGGAGAGAUCCCAAAGUCAUUGGAAGCACUCUUGUAUCUCAAGCAUCUGAAUUUGUCUUUCAACAAACUCCAAGGAGAAAUUCCAACCGGCGGGCCUUUCGGAAACUUCUCUGCUGAUUCAUUUGUCUCAAAUGGUGCACUCUGCGGUGCUUCCCGACUCCAUGUUCCACUGUGCAAAAAUAGAACAAAAGUUAAGCCAAAUUGGAGGAAAGCUAAAUAUAUCAUCUCAGGGGUCAUAUCAGUAAUACUCCUAGCGGCCGCUGCAUUGAUUAUGAUACUAUGCAAGAAAAGGAAUGUCGAAGUUGUUAGAGAAACUGCCUCGCUACAUCAAGUUCUUUGGAGAAGAGUUUCGCGCCUAGAACUUGUAAGGGCAACAAAUGGAUUUCAUGAGAGUAACUUACUAGGCACGGGGGGUUUUGGCUCAGUCUAUAGAGGAACACUUUCAGACGGGAUAGAUACCGCCGUCAAGGUUUUCAAUUUACAGCUAGAAGGGGCAUUCAAGAGUUUUGAUAAGGAAUGUGAAAUGCUAAGCAACAUCCGUCACCGGAAUCUUAUUAAAAUCAUAAGUUGCUGCGAUGAACUUGAUUUCAAAGCCCUGAUACUUCAAUUGAUGCCUAAUGGAAGCCUCGAAAAGUGGUUGUAUUCUCCAAACCGCUCCAUGACUAUCCUGCAGAGGUUAGACAUAAUGAAAGAUGUUGCAUUGGCACUAGAAUAUCUUCAUCAUGGUUACUCGAUACCUAUCGUUCAUUGUGACGUGAAACCAAGCAAUAUACUACUAGAUGAUGAUAUGGUUGCACAUGUUGCUGAUUUUGGCAUUGCAAGACUCAUCAGCGGUGGAGAUUCGAUGACAGAAACAAUGACCCUAGCCACAGUUGGAUAUAUGGCUCCAGAGUAUGGGAUGGAAGGAAGCGUUUCGACAAGAGGGGAUGUGUAUAGUUUUGGUAUUGUACUCAUGGAGACAUUCACAAAAAGGAAGCCAACAGACGAGAUGUUUGUUGGGGAAAUGGACUUAAAGCAAUGGAUUGCAGAUUCAUUAUUUCCAGAUGCUGCAAUAGGUGAAGUUGUGGAUGCCGAUAUACUGGGGGCGGAGGAAGAUGGUGAUUUCGUGAGCAGGAGGGAUUGCUUAUCCUCCGUUAUGAGAUUAGCUUUAGCUUGCUCUGCAGCAUUGCCGGGAGAGAGGAUUAACAUGAAAGAUGUCGCAAUCACACUCACCAAAAUCAAGACUAAGUAUUUGAAGGACUGUGGAGGAGUGAACUCUUAGUUCUUUUUGUUCUUUAUAUUUUCGGAUCCAUUUUCUGAUUGUUGUUUUCAAUCUGCAAAGACUACAUUAUUUUCUCAAAUUACUUUAGUCUAAAGAAAGCGUUGGAAAUGGCACUGUAGAAAUGAACAGUGACUUGAGAGUUAUUUACAAAAUUGCCACCGCUCUUUAUUCUUCGUUCGGUGAGCCAUGCUUCAGCCAAAACAGGUGCUCUCUCCAUUUUUCAUCUCUUCCAUACUCAAACCCUAGCCGCUCCACUUCUCUCUCUCAUCUCCCUUCGUUAGCUCUACCUACAACUCAAAACCUCGACAAAACACACUUCCCCUUCUGCAAAAGCUUUCUCUCUCGUUUUGCUGUCUAUGUAAACCCGAGAGAAAUUCCAUGGAAACAUCACGCCUGCAAACGAAGUUGCAGGCCCACACACAAGCAAGCUCCAUCUGGAAGCCGAAGAAUCCAAAGUAGGGAUACUUGAGGCCCGAAUCGAACGGUCAGGGUUUUGAUGGAGGGUUUGGAGGGUCCGACGAUCCGAUUUUGCCAGCGCCGUCGGAGAUGCUGCCUGAGGAGGGCUUCGCUCUCAGAGAAUGGAGGAGAAACCAUGGCAGCUCCAAAACCAGAAGAGAUAAGCCAUCCAGCAAUGGACCAACUCCAAGGCUUAGAGUAAGGCAUUGACUCAAAUCCCUCUUGGGGGGAAACAAUAGCUUUGGGUUUCCAGCACUACAUUUUGGCCUUGGGAACCGCUGUGAUGAUCCCCACAUUCCGUGUUCCUUUGAUGGGUGGUGAUGAUGGUGACAAAGUGAGAAUAGUGCAGACUCUGCUUUUUAUUCAAGGAAUCAGCACACUUCUACAAACAUUAUUUUGAACCCGAUUACCAACCGUAAUUGGAGGGUUUACACAUUCAUGGUCCGAAUAAUAUCCAUAAUUCAUGAUUCACGGUUGAUGAAGAUUGAGGACAAUCAUGCGGUCGUGAUGUCAUUCCACGAGUGUGGAGGCGAUGUUGGGGAUGAUGUACUUAUCCCUCUUUCUCACUGGGUGACAGAAAUUGGCCAAAAGAAUCUUGAUAUAUAUAUUUUACUAAUAAAGAAGGGAAACGCAACACUGAAUGUCUCACUUGGGGAAUUGAUAAAGAGCGGGUUUUAAGAGGCCGCACUGCUGUUGAGGAAGGAAUAAUAUCAGAAAUUGAAGUUGGAUUAGGUCCGUGUGGAGAGCUACAGUAUCCUUCUUAUCCUGAACAGCAUGGUUGGAAAUAUCCUGGUAUUGGUGAAUUCCAGUGAAAAAUUAAAGAUAUUGGAUUGGGGGGAGGAUAGCUGAAACUGCUGCUCUUCGGGCGUCGUUUCAGCAAGAGGUUGCUGUUUGGCAUAAGCUUGACCACCCAAAUAUCCCAAAGCACUGGUAGGACAUGCAAUUGCAUUUUAAUUGUUCUUGAUGCAAUAAAGCCAAUAACUCACAAGCGUCUAAUUGAAAGAGAGCUCGAGGGAUUUGGCAUAAGGUCAGUCAGCUAUAGCUUUGUUUCUGGUCUGUAAUUUGUAUAGUUUUGUCAUUUUGUUACUUCAGUUUAGCAGAUCUUAAGGCAAUUUAUGCAUUGUGUUGAAUUUAUUCAACUUAAAUGUGUUUCAUUCAUCCUAGGUGUUGGCGUCUGUUAGGUUUCUUCGAGAUCUGAUUUUAGAGAGUGAUUCACCUCAUAUCAUCAUGACCAUGCACGAACCACAGUUAAUGAAUUAGGUUCAAUUCCGCUAUUAAAAUUUCAUUGGCGUCUGUCAGGUUUUUUGAUACAGAAUGUAAGUGACCCCACUUCACGUACUCUGAAAGUAUCUAAGCUUGGUAAUGAUUUUGACGGGCAUGUCUGAUGCCUUCUCAAACAUGAAUAGCCUGUGGGGUUUAAGAUUGAUAUCAAUUCCAAAUUGUGGAAUUGAUAUCAAAGGCAGAUUGUAAAACUGAUAUCAAAGCCAAUAGUAAGUGUCUGGGGGCUUCUUGGUAUGA